GUGUCUUUAAGGACACUCUUUGGGUUGGAAGAGCUCAUCCUCCCAGGGUUUCAUUUAUUGCACUACAACUCAAGAAGAGGAAGUCCUGCCUGCCCUCAGGUCAGACCUCCCCAGGUCUGUGGCUGCAUUUUACAGGAAACCAAACCUAAAGAUCUACGAGGAGGUUUUCUGCUGAAGAACACUGCUUAGCACUGAGGACAAUUCAACUGACCGCCUUACAGACUACCAGCUCCCUGAUUUCUCUGUGAUGUCGCCCUACCUCACAAGAGACAGCCAUCUCAGCCAGGAGCCUUUGAUGCCCUCCACGUUGUUCAGGCUGAGUUGAAGAUCCCUCUUAUUUUCCGGGUCCCAAGAACUAUGAACAGACAGGGCAAUGGAAGGACAACAAAAGAAGGAUCCAGUGAUUUGAAAUUCCAGAACUUCGCUCUGCCGAAAAAUAGGUCAUGGCCGCGGCUCAAUAGUGCCACAGGCCUGUACCACAGGAUAAAUGAGCCUCUUCCCGACUGUGAAAGAAACUUUGCUGCAAUCCUGGAUGGAACAAAAGGCCACAGUGAUGAUGAUGACUAUGAAGACCCUGAGCUUCAGAUGGUCGAGGCGUGGCAAACGAUAAAAAUUUUACCAGCCCGGCCUAUAAAGGAAUCUGAGUAUGCAGAUACACGCUAUUUCAAGAGUGUGAUAGACACUCCCCUUCCGUCAGAAGCCAAGACCUCUAGCCCCACUGGGGAGCAAAGCUGGAGCAUGCAGAUGAGACUGAAAGAAGUGGACAAACCCAUUUCCAAGGACAUCAGAAGCCAACACGUCAAAGGAGACAAAUACAUAAAAAGGAACAAGACUCCUUUGCCACCUCCUCGUCCUCCUAUGUCGGUCCUGAAGAAGUACCAGCCCUUGCCCCUGGAGCCAGAGAGAAGCAGGUCAACUUUCCCUCAGAGAGGGCCCAGACAGAUAAGCUUAAAGGACUUAAAUGAAGUCCUUGGAGCAGAAAAAGUUCUUCAUCACCAGAUAAAGCCGGAAUCAUCUCAUCUGUCACAAAACAAAAAUACUCAAGAAAUUCCACCUGCUAUUACCAGCUCUUCAUUCGUGAUGAAAAACCCCAGUGUGCAAAACAGAGAUCAUAAAGGAAGCAUGCAGUCCUGUUCUCCUCAGAGAUGCCGGUCUCCAGCCAGCUAUGGGCCUCCUGAAAAUAAGCCAUUCUGUAAAAACACAAACUGGAGAAAACCUCUCCCUGCAAGGUCUGAUGAAAAGGAUGCCCAGAACAGCGAAUGGUACAUUGGAGAACACAGUCGCCAGGCGGCAGAGGCAGCGUUAAUGAAGGAGAACAAGGAUGGUACUUUCUUGGUCCGAGAUUGUUCCACGAAAUCCAAGGCAGAGCCCUACGUUUUAGUGGUGUUUUAUGGGAACAAAGUCUACAAUGUGAAAAUCCGCUUUCUGGAGAGGAAUCAGCAGUUCGCCCUGGGGACAGGACUCAGAGGAGAUGAGAAGUUUGAUUCGGUGGAAGACAUCAUUGAACACUACAAGUAUUUUCCUAUUAUACUAAUUGAUGGGAAAGAUAAAACCGGAAACCACAGGGAACAAUGUUACCUAACUCGGCCUCUCCCUCUCACCAGACACUUCUCACCUCUGUAGCCUGGUCACUGUUUUCUCUUCGGU